AACAAACAAAAGAAAAGAACAAUGACACACUGAAAUUCGUAAUUUUCUUUACUCAGCGACAAAAUGCAGUGACCUGUCACCUCCUAAAGGGGGCGCAAAGGUUUGUGAUGACUGGAUAAUGGGUUCGAUCUGUUCACCUUCUUGUAACAAAAAGUGGGACUUUGCUCAGCCUUUGCUUUCGAGUGUGUGGGUUUGCGGAGCAUCAGGAGCUUGGAAGCCAACAAAUCGUUUUCCAGACUGUACAAAAAUAUAUCACGCUUACGCUGUCAAGACGGAAAUGGAUUUGAACUACUACUAUGGCAAUUGUACUACACCAGAAGUUCAGGCACAAAUAAAACAGAACUUUAUCCAGCUUUUGAACGAGACUUUCUUCAACGAGGUCUGUCACUCCGCACUUAAAGACAAGUGCAAGGCUGAAAAUGUGGAGGUCAAGUGCUCUGGGGUCGGUUUGGUCCCCAGUAAGCGAAAACGUUCAGGAGACGAUGACGGUUGUCAUAGCAGCACUGGAGGAUCAAUUCUACGAACCAAAAUUACUCUAAAUAUCGUCGUCGACCUCAAUGGCAUUGACGCAAAUGACACUAAAGAAGGCCAUAUUAUCAUUGGUGAAAAGGGCGUGAAAAUUGCCAAAAAGAUCAGCAGUCGGAUAAAAGCUGCAGUUGACAACGGCAAUCUCAGUCUGACCAUCAAUGGCACUGAGUUCGUAACUGAUAAAUAUUCAUUCAACAUCUUAGAACCUAAACAACUUUGUACCAAGGGACAAACAUUUAAAGAAGGAUACUGCCUAAAUUGUACAAGUGGGACCUUCUUAAAUUAUUUAACUGGAAAGUGCGAGGAUUGUCCGAUCGGAUCAUACCAAGAGUUCAGUGCACAGGAAGAGUGUUUGAUGUGUCCAUCGGGUACUUCAGCUAUGCAGACGAGAACAGAGAACAGUUCCAGCUGUUUAGCUCUCUGCAAACCUGGUUCGUAUUCGCCCACCGGAAUGGAGCCUUGUUUUCUUUGUACAAAGGGGUACUAUCAGACAAUGGAAGGUCAAAGAUCGUGCUUAGAAUGUAGUCCUACCUUGACAACUCCUGGUGAGGGAUCCAACAGCUCUAUGCAAUGUGCAGGUGUGUAUUUUAUAGAUAUACCAUGUACGUGCUACAUCAGGUGUUUCGAAUUGUAACUAGCCCCCCAAGGAGGCGAGGUUUUUAUUAAAGACGUAUUGGCUAUUUUUCUAACCCUGCGAACGUUGGCUUGUGUUCCCUUGCGCGACAUCGAGGCAACCUUCCUUUAUCUGUUGGCAAAUAGCAAAUUGUUUGAGCAACCUGACAGCAAAACGUCUUGGGAGGGAGGGGGAGUGGACCGCGAUGGACCAGCGACAUACGUAGU